CCUCAGUUCAGAGCAUCAGUUGAACGUUCAUCUUGUGAUAACAACAAUUGGAGCAGAACGGUUUUUGCGAAGGCGUUUGUGACAGUUUUCUAAUAUGUCUGGAAGAGGAAAAACAGGAGGAAAAGCGCGUACAAAGACCAAGACACGUAGUUCGCGAGCUGGCCUGCAGUUUCCUGUUGGUCGUAUUUAUCGGCUUUUGCGAAAGGGGAACUAUGCAGAGCGAAUUGGCGCUGGAGCUCCGGUGUAUUUGGCCUCUGUACUGGAAUAUCUUGUCGCUGAAGUGUUAGAAUUGGCCGGAAACGCAGCCCGCGACAACAAAAAGGCCCGUAUAAUGCCCCGUCAUUUGCAACUUGCCGUUCGCAACGACGAAGAGCUUAACAAACUCUUCGGUGGCGUGGUCAUCGCUCAGGGUGGUGUCUUGCCGAACAUACAGGCCGUACUUCUCCCCAAGAAGACCAGCCAGGGUGCUGUAGGGGCUGGGAAGGCGAAGUCUGUGGAUUCCCAGGAAUAUUAAAUUAUCACUUCUCUAAACCCAAAGGCCCUUUUAAGGGCCACACAUGGCUCCUUUUAAAAAGCAGUUCCAACUUUGGUGAUCCUUCAGUUGCCUUGGCAGGUUCUUGUAAGCCUUCUAGGUCUUUAGCAGUUUAGAAGCUAGCAGCUAAAAAUUGGCAAAACUAAACCUGGACUGAUGUAGUGGUCAUGCUUUGAACUGAUGGAAGAAGUUGCUGAAUAAAGUUUUUCUGAGUUAUGUAAUUGGGUCUGAGGCUAAGGCCAAUAAGAUUACAAGUCUUUUUAAUAUGAACUGGCAAGUUUUGUAGUCCUUCUCAAUUUGUGUGUUUAUGACUGCUGCAAAUUUCAAAAUGUAAGCAAGUACCAGGGAAUAUUUUUGCUAUAGGGCCUGUGAUUACAAAAGUUGCUUGAGCUGCACUAGGCCUACUAGCUUUGGCCCAUAACUAACCUCAUGGCUUAAUAUUUUUAGGAACAUGGACAAUUUAUGCAAAUGUCAACUGAAUGUUCACAUGGCUAUAUUGCUUAAGGUCUUCCUUUAGUUUUAAUUGCUUUUAAUCAUGGGAUAGUCCAUGUGAUGUAAAGCUCAUUCUUGUAUAGGCACAACAUGAUUGAAAAUGUACGUACUUUACAGAUACCUGAGAUGGGAAUGGGAGCUCUAGUUGCAGCUUCUCCUCUAAAGAGACAUGGAGGCUGUGGCCAGUCAAAAAUGGAAUUUGGUUUCCUGGACUGUGUGGAAUGAACUGGGAUUUGUUCAGGGCAUGUGUGGACCAAAAGGUGGUGGCCACUUUAUGGCAGGAGGGCAUCCAUCUUGUUACAGCACAUGUUUGCCACAGGCACACACAGCAGUGCUGGUGUGAGGUAGGGUUUCUGACCGGAGUAGUUCCAAUGAAUGAUGUGAAACUAAUGUAGUAGAGUAAUAUAAUCCAACUCACUUUCAGGACAGUAACAUGUAUACUGACCCACAGGAUGUAACCAUAUAUAGCGUGUAUACUGGCCCACAGAGUUUUAAAAUUUAUAACGUGUAUACUGCCCCAAAUGAUUUGGUAAUUUAAAAUGACUGGCUACUGGUUGGAUCUAUGCAAUUGGAAAAUUGUCAGGCGAGC